GAGAUCGGAGGUACAGGAGGAUGUGAUUGUCAGGGUGCGGAGGAGCUCAAGCGUGUACUGAGAUUAAGUUGAGGGUGUGUGAGGAUGAGUGAGAGAGAACAGUCAUAGGGGUUGAAGGACGUGCAUUUGUACUUUCGCUUAAUGUUCAUUUGAGAGUGGAGGUGAGUGAGGCAUGAGUGAAAGGGAUGUGUUGUAAAAGAGAGAGGGGAAAGGAGGAAGGAGGGGGCUAUAAUACAACAGCUCUGUUGGGAGAUGACGGCAGCUGUGCAGAGAUGUGGGGAGAUGCACAGACACUCAAACAAACAACAUUACCAGCACGCAGGGACCAAAUGAGCGCUUCAUUGAUGGACUGACAUUUGGAUGCGACCAUAACUAAGAGAUUAAAAAGACUAAUCUCUUUUCCAGAAAAAAAUUGGAAGACGAAAAAAAGAAAGGAGGGCAAAGAAGAACAGGUGGACAAAGAAAUCCGGAAGAUCUUCGGUGCAUACACAAACAGCUGCUGAUCCAAAAUGCUUGUCCAACUGCCUACGCCGCUGAGCAUGUGCCUGACCUUCACGCUCGGUGGUUGCAUGUUCUCCAGCCAUCGCUGGGGGGAAUGGAACGACUCGCAGCUCCUGCCAACCAUUCAGAAGCUGAUGAAAGGAUACAACCGUUACCUAAGACCCAAUUUCAAUGAGGGUCCUGUGGAAAUUGGGAUGAGUCUUGACAUUGCAAGCAUCGAUGCCAUCUCUGAAAUCAAUAUGGACUAUACUGCAACUAUCUUCCUACGCCAACGGUGGCGCGAUUCCAGACUCGUGUUCCCAGGGAACGAGAGUGUUAGUGUGGAUGGACGCCUAGUGUCUCUUCUUUGGAUCCCCGACACCUUUAUUCCUGACUCAAAGCGCUCCUUCUUGCAUGAUGUGACGGUGGAAAACCGCCUCAUACGUAUCUUCAGCAACGGGACCGUUCUCUAUGCGCUUCGCAUCACAGCUACCAUCGCCUGCAACAUGGACCUGACCAAAUACCCCAUGGACAGACAGGUGUGCACCCUGCAGCUAGAAAGCUGGGGCUACAACCUGCAGGAUGUCGUUUUUUUCUGGACCAGAGGGAAUGAUUCAGUGAGGGGUCUGGACACACUGCGGCUGGCUCAGUAUAGCGUGGAGAGCUACUACACGUCUGUGUCGGAGGCUGUGUACGAGACUGGACACUACCCCAAGCUCGUGCUGCAUUUUGCACUCCGCAGAAAUGUAUUGUUCUUUAUCUUGGAAACAUAUGUUCCCUCUACUCUCUUGGUGGUUCUCUCCUGGGUCUCGUUCUGGAUCAGCCAGUCCUCUGUACCAGCCAGGACCUGCAUUGGUGUUACUACAGUCCUGACAAUGACGACUCUGAUGAUGGGUGCUCGCACCUCCCUGCCGAAUGCCAACUGCUUCAUUAAGGCCAUAGAUGUCUACCUGGGCAUUUGCUUUACCUUCAUCUUUGGUGCCCUGUUGGAGUACGCGUGUGCUCACUUCUACACCAUGCAACACCAAACCAUAGAGGACUUGCACAGGGAUCUUGUGAGAGAGUUCAACGAGUCCAGUGGAAACGGCUCCAUCCCUAUGGUCAGCUCCACCCAACCGAAGAAUUCUAUCAACGUGAGCUCCCACUCUGAGGAACGUACCGAACAGUCAAGCAACAGUGACACAAAGGCCACCGGUGUAGCCAAGGCGAAAAAACCAGGCCAGGGUUGCGGCCUGUCGUCAGUGAAGGAUGCUUCGAGGAGGGCAGCGUCCAUCUUCAUCGUGGAAAAUCCACACAACAUCGAUCGCCAUGCCCGCACCGUUUUCCCCACGGCAUUCCUUUUCGUCAAUAUUCUCUACUGGCUUUAUUAUCUCUUUCUCUGAGAGCUGCUCGCAAGCUGCCACUGAGUUCGUUUCACCACCCCGCAGCUGCUUUGCAAUCCCGAUGGAGAGCCCAGGCCAGUCGCUUGGAUCUGAAGUCAUCAUACACGCUUUUGGUUGAGAAGUGAUAUGUGAAAAAAAAACAACAACUUUCAAUCAAACGGUGAAG